AUGUGGCUCCUCUCGAGGUGGGAGCUCUUGGCUGCAGUACCCAACGUGUUGCCCCCUCUCGGUAGGUUUGUCUUCCCGCUCUGCUCCUCUGCAGACGAGCUGGAGCUGGAUGUCCGGACACUUGCUGCGCUCCUCUUCAUGAUCAGGAGGCAUCGCAGGAGCAGGAGAAGCGGGGAGAAGGAGAAUCACUGGGACGCACAUGACGAGCUGGAGCUGGAUGUCCGGACACUUGCUGCGCUCCUCUUCAUGACAGGAGGCAUCGCAGGAGCAGGAGAAGCGGGGAGAAGGAGAAUCCACUGGGAAGCACAUGUCUAUUUUCUCAUACCCUCUCUUCUGCUCGAUAACCCUUCACACCGGUCAUGCUCAGCCCUCUCGCUCGCCUGCAACACUGACCAACGGCUCGAUGACAUGAUGUUCCUACCCUUUUCCCCUCCCCCCUCCACCUCUCUCUUCCCUGUUUUCCUUCUACUCCUCCUUUUUCUCCCUCCGUCCCUCGUCUCCUCUUCCCUUUCCCAUACCCCGUUGAGCUGGACUUCGCCUCAUGACCCCUGCUAUCACCUAGACGGCCGCCCGCGACACUGCUUGUCGGAGUUUAUCAACGCUGCCUAUGGAGUCCCGGUUAAUGCUAGUCACUCGCAACAAGGGCCUGACUAUGACAGCAACAUCAUCACCUUGACAGACCUCCACAACCCUCACAACCUCACAUGUUGGAUGGCUCACAGAGGCACUGACACCGGGGAAUGGGUCCUCACCGUACCGCUGGGCCGCCGCUUUGAGAUCACUUACAUAAGCUUGCAGUUCUGCCACCAGGGGGAGCCAUCAGACCCCAUCUCCAUCUCCAUCCUCAAGUCGAUGGACUUCGGGCGCACCUGGAGGCCGAUGCAGCACUACUCCAGCGACUGCCUGGGAAACUUUGGGCUGCCCUCCCAGACAGUGGCCCAGACCAGGCAUCAAGAGACAGAACCUCUCUGCUCAGACCCUCGCCCCCUGCAAAAGCAGAGAGGUGGCAUGGUGUUGGCCUUCUCCACCCUGGACGGACGACCAUCAUCUCCCGAUUUUGACCACAGCCCCACCCUCCAGGACUGGGUGACGGCCACAGACAUACGGGUGGUCUUCCAUCAGUUGUCUAAAGUCGCCAAAGCGGGCAACCCGGAUAAAAAGCAAGAAGCACGAUGGCGUGACGGUGGAGAAGAUGACAGAGGGACUUUUGGACUUCUGAGGUGGAGAUCAGGCUACAAGGGCCGCACUGGAGAUCAGGUCGACAAGUUAAACGCAGAUAAUACACUGGCAUUUUUUGACAGGGAGACAAAAAACUUAGAUAUAAGUGGGAGGAAUAAAGGGGAGAAAGUGGACAAACAUGGAAGGAAGGGUCAUAAUAAAGGGUCAGGUCAAGAUGAAGAUGGACACAAUGUGACCAGCAAAGAAGGGGGGGGUAGUGGGAGAGGUAGAGGGCGUGGUCACAAGAAGGAGCGCAUUCAUUGGCUUCCUUGCCCCAAUGGCAACUGCAAUUGGACAGUGGAGGGGAGGAACAGGGGCAACAAAGGGCGGGAACUGAGGAAGAGGAGGAACAAUAAUCUCAACACGAGACAAAGUGCCAGGAAUCUGCAGGUGGCUCCGCCCUCUGCUUUUAUCUCUCACGUCCGAGCUCCUCUGGCCCUCUCUGACCUGCAGGUUGGAGGCAGGUGUAAAUGUAACGGGCACGCUUCCAGGUGUCGCCGUGACGACACAGGCCGGGCAGUAUGUGUGUGCGAGCAUCACACGGCAGGGCCAGACUGUGAUGUGUGUGAGGAUUUCUACUUUGACAGACCGUGGCAUCGGGCUACACCCACGCACCCAAACCCCUGUGUUGCCUGCGAGUGUAACGGCCAUUCAAACAAGUGCCGCUUCAGCAUGGAGGUGUUUCAGCAGUCGGGCCGACGCAGCGGAGGCGUGUGUCAGAAGUGCCGUCACCACACGGCCGGACGCCACUGCCAGUACUGCCAGAAUGGAUACACCCGCAACCACAGCAAGCCACUGAACCACCGCAAGGCCUGCCAACCAUGUCAGUGCCAUCCCUUGGGUGCAGUGGGUCGCUGGUGCAACCAGACCUCAGGUCAGUGUCUGUGCAGAGAAGGGGUGACGGGCCUCAGGUGCAACCGCUGUGCCUCAGGAUACAAACAGGGCAAGUCCCCUCUACGGCCCUGCAUACGAAUUCAAGAGAUCGCUCCGACCCCAGUGUACCAACCUCAAUACAGCAUCGCGGAGGAGUGUGUUUCAUAUUGCCAGCCUUCUCAGGUUAAAGUCAGGAUGAACUUGGAGACCUAUUGUCUCAAGGACUACGUGCUGAAGGUGCAGGUGAGAGGGAUGGAGCGUUCAGGUCCCUGGUGGCAGUUCUCCAUCUCAGUCCAAACCGUCUUCCGCACAGGGUCCACCUCUCGCGUUCGCAGGGGCCCCCACUCCCUCUGGGUCCCCGACCGUGACCUCGGCUGUGGCUGCCCCGCCCUCCACGUGGGUCGGACAUACCUCCUGAUUGGCGCAGAGGAAGGAGAGCGAGGCUGGGGCCCAGAGGAGAGCCGCCUGGUGGCGGACCGCUCUACUCUGGCCCUCCAGUGGCGGGAACACUGGAGCCCCAAACUCAGGGGCUUCCGGGGGCAGGACAAGAGGGGCCGCUGCCCUCCAAAAUCCCCCAACAGCCACCACAGGGAGCACUCAAAACCCCAGUCUGGGUACGUCCCCCCUCACCUGCUGACUGAGAAAGACUCUGACAGCGUGAACACACACUCUGUAGAAGUGGACGAGACUCAAACCUUAGCAGUGCCGCACACACACCCUCACACAGAGGUUAAAUCCACAGUGGCGACCCCCUCACCCACUACACCUGCUCUGGUGUGUUCCACUCAAGGUCCUGAAUAA